CAGAUCUACUUUCUCUUUUUCCACUUUAGCUGCCCCAGGAGAAGCGGCUUGUAUGCAACAGAGACACUCAGACAAAUAGAAUUGUCAGCAAAUACAGCCGAACAGACAAGUUAGUUCCUUCAACAGUAGAAGAUUCAUCAAUGAGCGAAACAACCAAAUCUAGUUAUAAACCGUCAAACAGACUGGGCAAUAUGACGUAUCUUCAAACAACCCUGCAACGUAUAGAAAAGGCAAUGAAAGAAGACCAUCUGGCAUUGGAAGCCGCAAUUCGUGAGAGGAGACCUCGAACUGCCCCACUACUGAAGAACUAUGAAUUAAAAGCAAACAAGUCACAAGAACUCAGAGAGCGAAAACAAACAUCUCAAGCCGAUCUCCUGAGGAUGCAAGCAGAGCAGAGAUAUAGGAGGAUGGAGGAGAAGAUAGAGGAGGAGGAGAUGAGAGAGCAGAUGCUACAGGACAGCAGAAGGCUGCGAUCAGAACAGAGAAUUCUGCUUGACCUAGAGAGGAAGCAGGACAAGGAGGGGUUAAAGGCUCAGCAAGCAGAAUCCCAUAGAUCAGCUGCCCAAGAGAGGACCAAGAAGCAAGAGGAAGCGAUAGAAACGGAGCAGAAGAGAGAGACGCAGCGGGUUCAGUUCUUGACUGAUCGGCGCAAACAGAGAGAAUUGAUGGAGCUUGAAGAGGGCAGAAAAAUACUUGACCAGGAGCAGACGAGAAAGGAACUGAUGCAGCGCAGAACAGAGGCUGAGCAGAGGAAACAGGAAAAUCACCUAAGCGAUUGGCACAGACAUUUGGACCUGCAGGAAACUAGAAGACGCAGAUCUUCGCAAAGACUGGAAGAAUUCUAUCGUAAAGUGGAACAGGAUUCUCAGAAAGACAAAGAUCUGCAACAAUAUCUUAAAGAGCGCAACCUCCAAGCCCUUCGGUCAGCAAUGGUCCUGUGA